GCGACAGAAGGAAAAAAAACAGCUGGAUCUGAGGAUCUCCACGGCUAAAGGCUGGGCUAGCUGUAUCCUCUCCCGGAGCCAGCGCUUUCUCCUCGGCUGUCUGAUUUUGAUAAGCUUGGUGUCAGCUGAUGAUGUGGUGUAAAGAUGGAGGCUCCUGAGUACCUGGACCUGGACGAGAUCGACUUCUCUGAUGAUUCAGUGUAUUCUGUGACAUCUUUAAAGAGCAUACCCGAGUUAUCCAGGAGGAACGAUGGCCCUACUGAGGAGAGACCAGCUCCUUCCAUCAACUGGAGUCGUGGCGUUUCUUCCCACAGUGGCGGGGGAAUCAAACCCACCGGGAUUGCAGAGGUCCACAGUAAGUUCCGUCCAGUGAAGAGGGUCUCUCCCCUCAAACAUCAACCAGAAACCCCCGACUCCGACUCUGAUGGUAAAGUCCAGGGUCAAGGGCUUGGGGAGACAGGAGAGGGCAGUAAGGAUGACCCGAGCUCGGACAAACCCACUCACGCCUCCUCUGAUGCCCCCGGAGGGAAGGUGAAGGGCCUGGUCAGCGGAGGCAGUGGUGUCGUUGGAGGAAACAACCCGCAGGCUCUGUUUGGAGAGCUGGAGCACUAUGAUCUGGACAUGGACGAGAUCCUGGAUGUGCCUUAUAUCAAGUCCAGUCAGCAGAUGUCCACUCUGCCUCGAGUUCCCCACGACAAGCGCUCUGUGACAGGGAGUAACCUGGGAGGAGGAACCCUGGAGAGGAACAGAGGAGGGCUGAAGAGCUCCUCUUUAGUCCACAACGAGCCUCUGAGUCUGGGCAGCAGCAGCUCGCAGACACAGUAUUGUGUCCUUUCCCCGGUAAAGUGGUCCGACCUGAGGAAGUCCAAGUCUAUGGAUCCGGACCUCCACCACCUCCACCGUUCCCCAGGAGGCUACCAGUCAGACCUGCUCCCUUCAGGACUCCUCAGCUGCUCUUCCUCCCUCUCAUCUUUCUCUGAUGCAGACAAGCUGCUGUCUGCACGCGUUUACCCAGACUCACAGAGCCAGAGGCCGAGCGUGGACUCUUCAGGAGGCUCAGGGCUCAUGUUCCCUAUGCCAGGGUGCAGCAUGGGCAGGCAGGACUCCUCAAAGGCCUGGACUCCUGGAUCAGGAGGAGGAGGAGGAGGCAGUGGGCCCAGGGGGUUUGGAGGAGGCGGAGGAGCAGGAGGGGAGAUGGACGAGGAGACCAAGAAGAAUCAGAACAUCAUCAACAUCGUCAGAGAGGGACAAAUUUCUCUGCUGCCUCACCUGGCUGCAGAUAACCUGGAGCUGAUCAGAGACGAAGAUGGGAACAACCUGCUGCACAUCGCCGCCUCUCAGGGUCACGCCGACUGUCUGCAGCAUCUCACCUCUCUGAUGGGGGAGGACAGUCUCAACGAACGCAACAACCAGCAGCUCACCCCCGCUGGGCUGGGAGUCAAGAACGGUCAUCUGGAGUGUGUGAGGUGGAUGGUGAGUGAGACGGAGGCCAUUGCAGAACUGAGCUGCAGCAGAGAGCAUCCCAGUCUGAUCCACUACGCCGCCCGCCACGGACAGGAGAAGGUGCUGCUGUGGUUGCUUCAGUUCAUGCAGGAACAGGCGAUCUCUCUGGACGAGGUCGACCAGAACGGAAACACGGCAGUCCAUGUAGCAGCUCAGUACGGACACCUCACCUGUAUACAGACUCUGGUGGAGUACGGCUCUAAUGUGACGGUCCAGAACCAGCAGGGGGAGCGGCCUUCCCAGAGUGCCGAGCGGCAGGGACACACCACCUGUGCUCGGUACCUUGUGGUUGUUGAAACCUGCAUGUCGCUGGCUUCGCAGGUGGUUAAACUCACCAAACAGCUGAAUGAACAGGCCACAGACAGAAUGGUCCUUCAGAAACAACUGCAGAGACUGAUGGACCCCAACAAGGCUGAGGGGACGCCAUCCAGAUCCCCCAGCUCCCAUCAGCCCUCAGUGGAGGCGUGGCCAGAGAUGUUGCUAACAGCCGAGGGGACUCCGGGUGACGGUCAGUGGUUGGUUCGUCAGGGAGGGGCCGGUCCAGACUCGGUCCUGCGACAGCUGCUGGGCAAAGACGUGUCGGACUCGCUGUGUUCCAGGGAGAGGCUCCCUCCAGCAGGUGGACUCAGCAGAGACGGCCCCUGUGGCCCUGGGGCCCCUGGAGCCCGCAGGACAGGGCUGGGGGACAGGAGGGAGCUGACACUGGCGAGACUCAAACAGAUCAUGCAGCGUUCUCUGAGUGAGUCGGACACCGAUGGUUAUCCACCAGAGGAGGGUAAAAACCAGGGAGCCUCAGCUUCAAACACUCUGCGACCUGAUAGGCCAACUCACCUGCCAAUCACAGAGGAGGACCCGGCAUCAAACCACCUCAAUCUAAUGAUGAGGAAGCAUCUCCCCUCCUCCGCCCCCUCUUCUGCAGCUGAGAGGAAGCUGGCAUUUUCUCUCAGUGGGUCAAAGUCAGUGGACAGCAUCGGUUACAACCCCUCCCCCACCUCCAGCGACCCCGAGGCCGCGGACGCCAAAACAUCGGACGGUUCAGCGGAUUUCCACGACAACGCCAAUGGUCAGAAAGUGGCCACAAGCCCCAAGAGCGCCCUAAAGUCACCGUCAUCUCGCAGGAAGACAUCACAGAACCUCAAGCUGAGGGUCACCUUCGAUGAGCAGGUGCACAAAAGCUCCAAUCAGGAGGCAGAGCAGACCAAAGUGCAUCAUGGGAAAGAGAGGACUCAAACAGGAGGCUCUGAAAGUAAGCGGUCAUUUGGAGCGUUUCGCUCCAUCAUGGAGACGCUGAGCGGGAACACGAAUCACAACAACAACAACAGCAGCGGUGCUCAGGCCGGCACCUGCCAGAACUCACCGUGCAGGAAAUCAGAGGGUAAAGGUACCCCAGGGGGCGGAGCUAAAGGCAAGAGCAGAACCAGUAAUGUUUAACUUUCCAACCAUCCAACCAAUCAGUGCCUGCUGAUGACGAUGCAGAGCGACUCCAAAAGACAAAGAACAUGAGAAAUCAGAGUCAGUCUGAUGUAUGGAUGUAGUUUGGCAUGGUAGCACUUUAUCGCUUUUAUUUUCAUUACUUUUCAGCAGUAGAACUCAAAUCUUGAUCCAAAACAUGAUCACGUCCACUCUGACAUUAUGAGGAAAAAUCAGAGCAUAUUUAAUAUAUUUUGCAAUCUUAAACUGACUCAUCAUUUGAACCGUUUAAAGCAGCUUUAAAAAGGGUAUGGCAAGGAAACUUAUUGGAAGUGUGGUGCUGAAACUAACCUUUAAAUUACACAUACUCUGCUUGCAUAAGGAUCUGAUCUUUUUCCUUUUUUGGGCCAUUUUGCAACUUCUUUUGCCACUUUUUCCCCACUUAUUCCACUUUAAUCCAAUAUUUUUUUCACCAUUUUUUGACCACUUAAGCUACCCUUUGCUUUUAAAUAGGCUACCACUUGUUUCAUUUUUUCCAGAAUUUGUGCUUCUUCUUUUUUUCCAUUUUUGCCCUUUUUUCCAAUUUUUUUGCCACUUUUCGUCCAAAUAAGCUACGUUUUGCUUUCAAAUAUCACUUGUUUUCUUUUUUCCCCAAUUUCCCCAAUUUCCCCAAUUUCCCCAAUUUCCCCAAUGCUACUUUUUGACAUUUUUUUUCCAUUUUUGCCCUUUUUCACCUUUUUUUGCCACUUUUUGGACAUUUAAGCUACCUCUUGCCAUUUACAUACCACUUGUUUUUUAUUUUUCUGCCCAUUUUUUGCUACUUUUAACUGGUUUUUGCUUAUUUUAGUCACUUUUCACUCUUUUUUUUUUGCCACUUUUGGACCAUUUUUU